GUAAGGGGGUGUGUCCGCGCGCACCACGGGGGCGCGCGCGGGCCUCUGACUGGAGGCCGCGGCGGCGGAGGCGCGAGCUGCCGGAUAAUGGCGGCCUGCAGAGCCCGUGAGAGGGAGAAGCGGCAGCAGCUACCCUGAGAAACCUUGACCUUGAAGAUGGUGAGUAGCCAGCCAAAGUACGAUCUAAUACGGGAGGUAGGCCGAGGUAGUUACGGUGUGGUGUAUGAAGCAGUCAUCAGGAAGACCUCUGCACGGGUAGCGGUGAAGAAAAUUCGAUGCCACGCACCUGAAAAUGUUGAACUAGCUCUUCGUGAGUUCUGGGCACUAAGCAGUAUCAAGAGCCAACAUCCAAAUGUGAUUCACUUGGAAGAAUGCAUUCUACAAAAAGAUGGGAUGGUGCAAAAGAUGUCCCAUGGCUCUAAUUCCUCACUUUAUUUACAGCUUGUAGAGACUUCAUUAAAAGGAGAAAUUGCCUUUGAUCCCAGAAGCGCCUAUUACUUGUGGUUUGUGAUGGAUUUUUGUGACGGAGGAGAUAUGAAUGAAUAUCUGUUGUCCAGGAAACCCAAUCGUAAAACUAACACCAGCUUCAUGCUUCAGCUGAGCAGUGCCCUGGCUUUCUUGCAUAAAAACCAGAUCAUCCAUCGAGAUCUCAAGCCUGAUAACAUCCUGAUUUCUCAAAGCAGGUUGGAUACCAGUGACUUGGAACCCACACUGAAAGUGGCCGAUUUUGGUUUGAGUAAAGUUUGUUCAGCCUCUGGGCAGAACCCAGAAGAACCUGUCAGUGUAAACAAGUGUUUCCUCUCCACAGCAUGUGGAACAGAUUUCUACAUGGCUCCUGAAGUGUGGGAGGGACAUUACACAGCAAAAGCUGACAUCUUUGCUCUGGGGAUUAUCAUCUGGGCAAUGCUAGAAAGGAUCACUUUCAUAGACACGGAGACAAAGAAGGAACUCCUGGGGAGUUAUGUAAAACAAGGAACUGAGAUUGUGCCUGUAGGGGAGGCACUUCUGGAAAAUCCCAAAAUGGAACUUCUCAUUCCUGUGAAGAAAAAGUCUAUGAAUGGGCGAAUGAAACAAUUGAUUAAAGAAAUGCUGGCUGCCAACCCUCAGGAUCGUCCAGAUGCUUUUGAACUAGAACUCCGAUUAGUACAAAUUGCGUUUAAAGAUAGCAGCUGGGAAACGUGACACAUAUAUUGUUUGCAAAUAUCUUGGAUGAUGUGCUGCUUCUGUUUUAACAGUGAUGCAACAUUAUAUGGCUGAAAAAGAAUACAAAAAGCUAAACACCUUCUAAGGGUUUAGGUUUUAUUGUAGGGUGUUUUUUUUUUCCCCUCGUUUUUCUUAAGUCCAAGUUGGCCAUUUUGUUCGUAUGUUUUCAGUGUGUAUUACCAAUGUGAGUGUAAAUUUUUUUAGAUGAUCAUUGGUAGAAGUUUGGCAGGAAAAUUCUCUAAGAGCCAAGAAAAGGAGAGAGUCCAGUUUUCUGGAAAUAUGUCUCAAGUAUUUUAGACAUUCCUUGUCAGUCAGUAUUAGAAAUUUCCAUGGAAGAAGAGGUUUGCAUGCUGGUAAUGCAACCUUUGAAGCUUUGUAAAGGAAACAUAUAUGUAUAUAUUUAUGUAUAUGUAAGUAUGUGAAUGUGUGCAUUUUGCAUUCCAUAUGAAGAAAAUGCCACUUCUGUUUAAAUUAUUUGAUGUAGGUUUGGGUUUUUGAGAUUUGCUGGUGAAAUCAAUCAUGGAAAAUAAAAGAACCUUCCCUCAUCUUCCUACCCUGUUCCUCCCUCUAACGAAAUCAUACUGUUUUUUUUAUUUUUGUAAUAUUAUUCAGCAUUUUUUUAAGGCAUCAUUUUGGAGGGUCUAAAAUUAUUAAACAUAAAUGAAACUAAGUCAUCCAAAGCUGCUGAAGUAUGUUUGAGCUCUCCAGUGCCCUAUAGCUGCAGGAGGUGAAUUAGUUAUGCAUUCAUGUGGUAACAAGUUGGCAAGGACAUUAAUGAUUCAGUCAUACCUUCUUUAUGUAACCAGGCAUUCAAUUAACCAAUUAAACCACUGCAUUGGGACAGGUCUGCACUUCAGUAUCUACAACCUGAUAUAAAUCUGAACACAGGAUUCUUCUGUUUCUGAAAACUUUGCUGUAUAUGAACUAUAAUACCUGAUAUGUUAAUUUUGGGUUUCAAGACUUUGUCUAAGCUUCAGCAUAAAGUUGAAAAAACCAAAUGAGCUCUACUCUCAUAUUGCCUGCCCUGAUAUGGUCUCUUGUUUAAUCACUGGAUUUCCUUUCAUUUUGGCACUGAUGCUGUUUUCUCUUGUCUAAUUUGAGACAGUAAUGAUAGUGAUAUGGUUGUCUUAAAUGUUGAUCACCUUUUUCUAAAGUGGGAGGUGAUACUUAAACAGUUUGGCAAAUGGAUACAAUAUUGUGGCAUCAACUAUAUCUUUCAAAUGGAAAAGUUAUCGAUUGUAGACAAUCACUUGGUAUGGUCUAUGUCAAAAACCAACAAACUAUUAUUGUUCUUGAAGUUCGUUUGAUUUUAAUCCUGUAUAGUUGUCUCCAAUCUUGUUUUUCUGUAAAUGCAGAUAGUUGAAAACUAAGGAAAGAAUGCUUUCCUAAAGCGGAACAUUAGCCUUUAAGGUUAGAUAGACUUUAAGGCCAUUGUAUCUGGGUUAAUCUUUAGAAAGCACCAGAAUCUUUGGUCAAAAGUCAAGCAAAAUGUUUAGCUAUAAGAAUAUUGAAGUCAUUGAUAGUUUCCAUAGUCCCCUCAGCCUUUUAAAACUUCCACAACUUUUGGAAUAUUGCCAUCUUAUUUUUUUUCUUCAUUUAAAAUGUAUUCAGAAGAUAACACAAAAAAUUAGAGUACAUAAAAUUUCUGGACUAUGUAUUACUUGGUCUGGAAGUGAAGUUUAAAAUUUGGACUGAGAGGUUUUACUAAAGCCUCUUAAGAUUUAAAAAAAAAAAAUGUAUACAUUUAACAUCACUU